AGACCGGCACCGGCGCUAGGAGGUUCUGUGGGGAGAGGCGGGACUUCCUGAGCCGGAAGGGACGAACUCGAGAGCGUGGAGCGGAACGGGUCGUUGAGGCAGGUCCUCGCUAGGGACGCGGGCCAGGGGAGGCGAAAUCUCUGGGAGAGAGCCUUUCGGAGAAGGAGGUUGUCGGGUCUCUUCCGCUCUCCUGGCCUGGUAGGGAAAGCGGCGGCCAGGACAUGGACAGCCGCCUCCAAGAGAUCCGCGAACGGCAGAAGCUGCGCCGGCAGCUCCUAGCUCAGCAGUUGGGAGCUGAGAGUGCUGACAGUAUCGGUGCAGUGUUAAAUAGCAAAGACGAGCAAAGGGAGAUUGCUGAGACCAGAGAAACUUGCAGGGCUUCUUAUGAUACUUCGGCUCCAAAUGCAAAACGCAAAUAUUUGGAUGAAGGAGAGGCCGAUGAAGAAGACAUAGAAGAAUACAAGGAUGAAGUAGAAAUGCAGCAAGAUGAAGAGAACCUGCCGUACGAGGAAGAGAUUUACAAAGACUCUAGUACUUUCCUUAAGGGGACCCAGAGCUUAAAUCCUCACAAUGAUUAUUGCCAACACUUUGUUGAUACAGGACACAGGCCCCAGAAUUUCAUCAGAGAUGUGGGUUUAGCAGAUAGAUUUGAAGAAUAUCCUAAACUGAGGGAGCUUAUCAGACUGAAGGAUGAGCUGAUCUCAAAAUCCAACACUCCUCCUAUGUAUUUACAAGCAGAUUUAGAUACUUUUGACAUCAGAGAACUAAAAUCCAAAUUUGAUGUAAUUCUUCUGGAACCUCCUUUGGAAGAAUAUUACAGAGAAACUGGAAUCACUGCUAAUGAAAAGUGCUGGACUUGGGAUGAUAUUAUGAAGCUAGAAAUUGAGGAGCUUUCUGGACUGCGGUCAUUUGUCUUUUUGUGGUGUGGCUCUGGGGAGGGCCUGGACCUUGGCAGAGUGUGUUUACGCAAGUGGGGUUACAGAAGAUGUGAAGAUAUUUGCUGGAUUAAAACCAACAAAAACAACCCUGGGAAGACUAAGACUUUAGACCCAAAGGCGGUCUUCCAAAGGACAAAGGAGCACUGUCUGAUGGGCAUCAAAGGAACUGUUCGGCGUAGCACAGAUGGUGACUUCAUUCAUGCCAAUGUUGACAUUGACUUAAUUAUCACAGAAGAACCUGAAAUUGGAAAUAUAGAAAAACCUGUAGAAAUUUUUCAUAUCAUUGAGCAUUUUUGCCUUGGUAGAAGACGCCUUCACCUUUUUGGAAGGGACAGUACAAUUCGACCAGGCUGGCUUACUGUGGGACCCAAUCUUACAAAUAGCAACUUCAAUGCAGAAACUUAUGCUUCCUAUUUCAGUAUUCCUAAUUCCCCUCUGACGGGCUGUACAGAAGAAAUAGAGAGACUUCGGCCAAAGUCACCACCUCCAAAAUCAAAGUCUGAUCGGGGAGGCGGUGCUCCGAGGGGAGGUGGGAGAGGCGGGACUUCUGCCGGCCGUGGAGAGAGAGGCCGAGAAAGAAAUCGGUCCACUUUCCGAGGAGAAAGAGGUGGUUUUCGAGGGGGCCGUGGAGGAGCACAUAGAGGAGGCUUCCCACCUCGCUAACUACAUUGGAGACAUUGACCCCUUUGGUUCCUCUCUUCCUUCUUUCUCAGUUUCUACUGGGAGAUUCACUUUAGGAACCAAUUCCAGUUAAGUCCUUGCAUUUUUUUCUCCAGGCAUUUGAAAACCAUAGGCUACCUCCUGUGUGUGCUUGUCACCUUUGGCAGGCUUGGUCUGGUUUGUAUUGAAUGUGAGACUGUGCCAUGGUCAUAUGCAUGUAACUGAGCAGAGAGAAAAACCAGAAGUAUGUAGCCCAGAUGAAAUUAGUCUAAUGUAUUCUAGAUCAGAGGAAGCCCUUGGCUCUGUUUUAAUAGCUGAAGUAAAUCUUUAAAGCUAAAUUCUGUAACUAGUGCUCAGACGAGGAGCUAAGCUUGCUUGUUCUCAGUUUACUCAGUCACUUUCCUAACAGGCAGUGAUGAAAUAGAAUUGGAAACCUGCUUCUAAUUCAUGUUUCCUCAGUGGCUUCAAAUGGCAAGAAUGAUAGUUAAGACUUCUUGUUUCACAUUUCAGGGAGUAGGCAGUUUGGCUUUUCCACAGGUAUUGAAGGCAAAAGCUUGUCAGAAGCAUGAAUAUAACCCUUCCAUGUGUAUCAAUGAGUCCUUGUCUUCCUUAGAAGUACGAUGAUCAAAAAUCCAGAUCCAAUUCCUGAAAUUGGUGUAGCCUUGAAUUUAGCCCUUUCAGCCUCCCGGUCCCUGUUUUAGGUUUUGGUAAGUGAAAGAGAUGAGGAAAGCUGCAGACCCUGGCCCAAAGGUUAAUGUUCUUCUCAACCUUCUCUUAAAUAUGUCAUGGUCAGUGAAAAGAAAAAUGGCAUUUGUUCUUGAAUUGGUUAUGAAGCAUUUAAGGAUCGACUGGGAUUCAUUCUAAAAACUCUUGAACACAGCUUGUGGAAUGAAAUUUGUUUAAGCUUAAUGCAACUGUUGUAUUUCUAUUUUUUAUGAGAGACUGAUUUGGUAAAUCAUUUAUAUAAGACUUUAUACAACCUGGUUCUCUUCUGUAACUCCCAUUUUACAAGAAUUGUUGACUUUGGGAACAGUGAGAAUGAUUUCAUUGUUAAUUUUGAUAAAUACCAUUUUAUAAUA